GUUCGGGACUCAGCGGUGUCAAGAGCUGGCUGCAGACUGAGCCGAAGCACUGGCACCGGGUAACCUCGGCCGGAAUUAUGAUCCACAGCCUGUUCCUCAUAAACUCCUCCGGGGACAUCUUCCUGGAGAAGCACUGGAAGAGCGUGGUGAGCCGGUCGGUUUGCGAUUACUUCUUCGAGGCGCAAGAGAAGGCGAGCGAGUCGGAGAAUGUGCCCCCCGUCAUCCCGACUCCGCAUCACUUCUUAAUCAGCGUCUACCGGGAUCGCAUCUUCUUCGUGGCUGUGAUCCAGAGUGAGGUGCCGCCGCUGUUUGUCAUCGAGUUUCUCCAUCGGGUGGUUGACACCUUUCAGGAUUAUUUUGGAACCUGUUCAGAGGUGGCAAUCAAAGACAAUGUUGUGGUUGUAUAUGAGGUGUUGGAAGAGAUGUUGGACAAUGGCUUCCCAUUGGCAACUGAGUCUAAUAUUUUAAAGGAGCUGAUCAGACCCCCUACCAUUCUCCGUACUGUUGUGAAUACCAUUACUGGUAGUACCAAUGUUGGGGACCAUCUCCCCACAGGACAGCUGUCUGUGGUGCCCUGGCGCCGUACAGGAGUGAGAUAUGCUAACAAUGAAGCCUACUUUGAUGUGGUGGAAGAGAUUGAUGCUAUCAUUGACAAAUCAGGUUCAACAGUAUUUGCUGAAAUACAGGGUGUCAUUGAUGCUUGUGUGAAACUGACUGGAAUGCCGGAUCUCACCCUCUCCUUCACGAAUCCUCGACUCUUGGAUGAUGUCAGCUUCCAUCCUUGUGUACGUUUCAAGCGUUGGGAGUCAGAACGAAUUCUUUCCUUCAUACCACCUGAUGGCAAUUUUCGUCUCCUAUCUUAUCAUGUCAGUUCCCAAAAUUUGGUUGCCAUUCCUGUCUAUGUGAAGCACAACAUCACCUUCCGGGAUGGCAGCUCCAUGGGACGGUUUGAAAUUACCGUUGGCCCCAAACAAACAAUGGGAAAGAUGGUCGAAGGUACAGUAGUGACCAGCCAGCUGCCCAAGGUGGUUCUGAACAUGAAUCUCACCUCCACUCAAGGGAGCUACACUUUUGACCCAGUCACCAAGAUACUGUCAUGGGAUAUCGGGAAGAUUAACCCACAGAAGCUGCCUAGCUUGAAAGGUUCCAUGAGUCUCCAGGCAGGUACACCCAAGCCCGAUGAGAACCCCAAUAUUAACAUCCAGUUCAAAAUCCAGCAACUUGCAAUUUCAGGUUUGAAGGUAAAUCGACUGGACAUGUAUGGUGAGAAAUAUAAACCAUUUAAAGGCAUCAAGUACAUGACAAAAGCUGGAAAAUUUCAAGUUCGAACAUAACUCUUCUGAAGGCAACUGCUGCAGCAGCAAGACUUUCUUUGCCUCUCUGUUUGCUUACCAAUUGCAUCUUCCCUUUUCCUUGUGUGUUAUGUUGUUAUUAGUACAACCCAAUGGCAUCGUUAACCGUACUUGAGGGGCUUUUGAGUUGAACUCCAAGUUAACUUGCAGUGUUCUUGACGUGGGCCAAAGGUUUAUACUUGAUGUGCCCUGCUGUAAAAUUUAUUUCCUUCUUCCUGACUUUGAAGGAAUGCUGUUUAUUAUCAUCAACUCAAAGAAAAUGAUUUAAAUAUAUUAAAUUCUAACUGGAAACAUAGUUUCUGGGGCAAGAUAAAAGCUGAAAAAUUGCAAAGUGGUGUUAAUUUUGCAUUGCAGGGUUGGCAUAUGGAAUAGAAAAUGCAGUGUUAUGGAGAGCAGUGAUACUGUGUAGCACCUUCAACCAAACUCUCAAAAAACCAAUGUCCUUUUUUUUUGAAAUGUUGUUAUUGUCAGUAACUGAGGAUUCUGCUUUCCGAAAGUGAGAAUUUAAUUUUGUUAUGUUCCUCCCCAUCAUAAGGGUAUGUGGUGAGGCAGCAUAGUUGGUGGUGCACAAAUGCCAUAAAGGCUACAUUUCUGAACCAUGUUUGCUGGUGUCCUUGCAUAACAACAAUUAUGUGCAGUACAGCAGUACAGAAUUCUCUUGACACUUUCUUUGAAAGAUGCGUUGUUUUUUCUGCAGUGCAGUGGACGUGCUGCAAGGCUAUUUCUUUGACCAGAUCUUUCAAUCUGUUAUCUUGGUUUAUUUUCCAGACUAUGCCCGUACGUUCUAGUUUAAAAAAGUGUAUUGUCAACUAUUGUGUGUUCCUCAUGUCGAUGCGGAAAUGAUUUGUGAAGUCACUGAAAUUAUUCAACGAUCGAUAUAUUCUGAGACUGGAGCACUUGAGCAUCUGAAUGGGUAUCCUAUUAGAAAGGACCAUAUAAAAUAAUCUUAGAGAUGAAGCGAGAUAUGGUGAAUGUUUGUUACAAAAGCUUAACUUGAAAGUAUAUAUUUAGACAUCUGUUUGACAUCCUUUUGUCCUUCCUGAUUUUCAGUGUUGCCAUGUCCAAGAAGGUCUCAUAGAGAACUAUGCAUUAUCCUGAUUUUCAUGUGUACUUGUUGGUUGGGGCUCUUAAUUUGAGGGGCACUGGAUUAAGCAGGAAACAACUUCAUUUCGAAGUAUUAUUUGGCAACAAUCUUCAACUACGAUGAGAUUACAAUUUUGGUGAAUAAGAUGAUGUACUAAUAGUCAGCUUUGAGAAUUCACAUCACGAAUUGUCAUCUUCACCUGCUCUCUUGUCCUGGAUUAUUUUUCCUCACCCAAUUCUUUGUGGAAUUAUUAAACUUAAAAAUCUGUUGUUAAAGUAAAUAGAUGUUGCAGUUCUCCCAAUAACUUUUUUACUCUUGUUUACUUUCUUUUUGUUCCACCACCAUUUUGACGUGCAAAUCUGCAGAUAGUAAACCUUUGUUGAUGCGAAUAAUUGAAUUCAACACUGAACACUAUUAACUGAAUUUGAUAAAGUGAGAGAGUACAUACAGAUAACAAAACAAAGCAAAAUAGACAUGUACUUGCUUUUUUUCUUUGAAAUCUCAUGAAGACUGAAUUUCCUGUAUUUGGUUCAUUUAACGAUGUUAACACCCAAAUAAAAUUAAGUAGAUCUAGUCAUUUAAAGAUGUGACACAGGUUCGUGUGUAACAAACACCAAGAUUACCUGAAACUGUUACCUCAUUACGUCCUUUUGGCAGAUUUGGGUCAUGUCUUGUAUAUGUUUUAAUUUAUUUUCUUUUUAAGUAUUUGGAAAUAUUUAACAGAAUGAAUAUUGGUGCAAUUUCCUGUUGGUUAAUGUUAUUCCUGAGUAUGAUUCUAUAAGAAUCUGAUCAUUUUG